UGAUGACCAGGUGGCGAAUCGCAUCUCUGCAUGUCUGGCAGACAUAUCAGUGUGGAUGACGGAUCACCACCUCAAGCUGAACCUCGGCAAGACGGAGCUGCUCUUCCUCCCAGGGAAGGACUGCCCGUUCCAUGAUCUCGCCAUCACGGUUGACAACUCCAUUGUGUCCUCCUCCCAGAGCGCUAAGAACCUUGGCGUGAUCCUGGACAACACCCUGUCGUUCUCAACUAACAUCAAGGCGGUGGCCCGUUCCUGUAGGUUCAUGCUCUACAACAUCCGCAGAGUACGACCCUGCCUCACACAGGAAGCGGCGCAGGCACUUGUCAUCUCCCGUCUGGAUUACUGUAACUCGCUGUUGGCUGGGCUCCCUGCCUGUGCCAUUAAACCCCCACAACUCAUCCAGAACGCCGCAGCCCGUCUGGUGUUCAACCUUCCCAAGUUCUCUCACGUCACCCCGCUCCUCCGCUCUCUCCACUGGCUUCCAGUUGAAGCUCGCAUCCGCUACAAGACCAUGGUGCUUGCCUACGGAGCUGUGAGGGGAACGGCACCUCAGUACCUCCAGGCUCUGAUCAGGCCCUACACCCAAACAAGGGCACUGCGUUCAUCCACCUCUGGCCUGCUCGCCUCCCUACCACUGAGGAAGUACAGUUCCCGCUCAGCCCAGUCAAAACUGUUCGCUGCUCUGGCCCCCCAAUGGUGGAACAAACUCCCUCACGACGCCAGGACAAAACUACUGACAGCCUACAGAACCAGGCGAGACAUUAUAAAACUCUACAAAACCAAGGUCAGACCCAACCAGAAGGAUGUUUCCCAGCUCCUGGACCUUGAAUUCCAAGCCAGACGGGCCUUUAUCGACUCUAAUGCUAAGGAGCAGGACAGGCCUACCAAGAUAAUUCAAGCUCUGCAGAAGACCCCAACACCUCAGGCAAGACCAUUCUUCAGCCCUGUCGUGAUUGUCUGCGAAACCAAAUGCAUACUGGCUUUUGGUACCAUGCCUGUGGUGACCUUCCCAAAAGAGAACAUCUAUGCCAGCAUAACGUAUCUCAUGGCGUGUUAUUACGCCUUUUCACCUCACAUAUCCUAA